GCGACAAAGACAUCUUCCUGUAACAACACCCGAGGAAGAUGAAAGAUGCCCACGAGGGUUUGACUCUGAUUCAACUAUAAAAGCCUCGGCCAGACGUGGAUUCAGUAUCAUUGUUUGGUUGUACACAAACAGAAAAGCAUCAUGAACGCUCUGCUCGCCGUGUCCCUUUGCUUCGCUGCAGCUUUGGCCGAUCCCCAAGUGGUUUUGCCCAAUGGACAGCUUUCCGGACCCGCUCCACUCCUCAGAUCCAUCGUGAACGAAGGACCUCAAGUGGGUCCUUUAACUCCCGCUUUUGGUGAUCUCGUUCUGACUCCCAGAGGAUACGCUUCCCUUGACCUCGAGGGAUUCUCAGAGGAUCUUGAUCAAGAUGGUUUUGUCGACCCUGUUGCCGCUGCCGGUCUCCCCGUUCCUGCUAUUGCUCCCCUGGCUUAUGCUCAAGGACCCGCUCCUUUAGCUCUUGCUCACGGACCCGUUCCUUUGGCUGCUGCUCACGGACCUGCUCCUUUGGCUGUUGCUCAAGGACCCGCUCCUCUGCCGUAUGCCCCUGCCCCUCUCCCCGCUCCUCUUCCUGCCCCUUUGCCUUUGGCUCACCCCGCUCCUAUUGCUACUCAUGUGCCCGUUCACCCCACCAAACACGUGUUGGUUGAGGAGCCCGUGACUGUGGUCGAGCACGUGCACCACGAGCCCGUCCACCACGUGAAGAAGUCACAUGGCUACAGCAACGAGUAUGCCAGCCACUACGGCUACGGUUAUCCCUCCAAGUACGCUUAUGGCCCUGCCCAUUACAACAAGUACAACAAGUACAACAGCUAUAACCGAUACAACAAGCACCACGGCAGGCCCAGCUAUUACAGCAAGAACUACAACCACCACGGCAAGAGCUACGGCUACAGCAAGUACAACCGUUACGGAUAUGGCAAGUCUCACGGCUAUGCUGCCCGUUACGGUCGUUAUCACCACUAAGUGUCAUGUGCGUGCUGGAUGCGCUUCACCAAAGACUUACAAUGACUCUCUCCAAGUGUUGGAAGUGUAACGUGUUACGAUUCUCUUUGCCGCCCUUUUGUCUCCACCAGAAUCAGGGUGCCCUCAGGGUGUCUCAUCACUUAUAGUCCUAAACGCUCAAGUGUACAACAGAUGCAAUGAUUUUUAUCUGCUAUAUUUUUGUUUGUGUAAUCGCUGUUUCCCCAAACCCUAUUUGACUACAAUACACAAAUACAAAUGAAGUUUUAA